AUGGUCUUUUCUUCCGGCGCCUACUACCACGCCGGGUCAGUUGGGAUUCGGAGCAACACCAGGAAGUACCCCUGGACCUCAGCUCUUCUUGCCCAUAUGGUUCGAGCAUGCACGCACACCAACUUCUCCACCGUCUCGCUGCUACACAACGUGAACAUGGCCGCCCACGUGGACAAGUACAACCAGCCAGGCUCGCCCAACGUGCUCGUGCCACUCUCGCCAUUCCGUCGCGGGAACUUUGGAUUGGAGUUUGACCCCCUCACCAAGCACGCAACGUGCCCGUGGAAGGACGCCUCGAAUGACGACUACAAUCACUCCAUCAGAGUUAAGUCGAUGGCCCUCGCCGACUCCCACAGCUUGGCGUGCGACAUGGCCAUCCAGCACACCGAGAUCACAGCUUAUUCUCUUUUGGAAGUGACACAUGACCUCCGCAUGCUCGUGCACCUCGCGCAAACCAACAAGGCCACGUGGCUUCGCUGCAGUCAAGUUCUGACUUCAACCAGCACAGAGUGCAAGAUCCUGUCGAAUGCCCCCUGGCACAAGCGCGCUGGACGCGCCGUGGAGGGUAACCACGCGGAGACACCAAUCGACAUCAAGAUGUACUUGUUCAACAAGCGGAUGCACACCUGGUAUCAUCACGAGCUUUCCUAUCAGCAGUACAUGGACCUUGAGUCGCUUUCUUUACUUUUUCCUGUCUCCCGCCAUAGCCAUGUGGUAAGCGUAGCAGUGCUAGAGACCAUGGAUGCCGUGGCGCCCACAACCCCGCCAUCAACCUCCAGUUCGUUUGACUACUCCGAUGAGGGCGGCCACGAUGCUGCAGAGCAGGUAUUAACCAAUGCCAUUUUGCUAAAAGUCAUCCUCAAGUUUCACACGGAGCUCCGAGUCAGGAUGGUGGCCGUCAGUGUGGAAGACACUCCCCUAACGAGGCGCGCCAAUCAAGCAGUACAAGGUGCCAUGGAUGCUAUUGUGCAGCAGCAUCCACAAGCCCACCACACGACAGUGAUCCGCGACUAUCGACCCCAACACACUCUCAUCGAGAAGUUGGUCUCGCCCGACAUCGUCUACAGCCUCCUGCUCACGAGCAUCCAAGUGAGGUGUGAGCGAGUCUUUUCAACGGCUGAGGCCGAGACUCUCCAUGGAAAGCCCAUUCUGCCCGCGUCUCAAGCAGACAUUUUGUCCCUGAGGGUCGGCGAGUAUGA